ACAUUUUUUGUAAAAAGAAUUUAAUAAGACGAUACAAAAUUUUUUAGUAAUUUUUUCGUGGUUUGGUUCGUUAAAAUAUAUUUGAAAAUUGUACUCAAAUCAUGAGUCGCUGUAUGCGACCGGGCCCUAUCACUAGCAAUGGUUACUUAAAUUUUCUGCGCGAAUUCAGAAAGAAAUGCUGUGGUAUGUCGGCAGUGGAGACAGUGCGACAAGGGGCGAAGGCUUGGAAUCGACUCUCCUGCUCACAGAAAGCCAAAUAUCGGGCAAUGGCUUGCAGAAGACCUCGGCGCAAGAAGCGUCGCAGCUGUCGUCCUAAGCGCAGACGCCGCUCAUGUCGGCCCAAACGACGAAAGCGCCGUAGUUGUCGGCCAAAGAGACGUAAACGUUCUGGCUGCCGCAGAAAGCGACGACCAAAGCGUCGUCGUAGUUGUCGCCGUCGAUCGCGACCACGCAGACGUAGAUGUGGUGGUAGAAGACGCAAACGUUGCAUGAAACCAGGUCCAGUGACAGCGAAUGCUUAUUUGAAUUUCUUACGCGCCUACAGACGUAAACAUUGUGGACUCAGCCCUCAGGAGACGGUGCAAAAGGGCGCACGUAGAUGGUGCUCAUUGUCGCCGGAAUGUAAACGGCGUUACAUGCGACAGGCUUGUAAAAUGUCGAAGAGCAAGCGCAAGAAGAGGAGCGCCAUUUGCCGCUCGUUCCGAAAGAAGAGGCGGUGUUAAAAUCUAUAAGUGAAGUUAUUUAAUGUCUGUCCAAUAAAUUGUUAAUGUGGAACUAUACUAUUUUCUGAAUAAAAAUGUGUAAAUUUAUAGUGUGUAGAAUACAGAUA